AUGGUUACUAUCAGCAACCGAGCAGUAACUGACGACGAAAACAACGUUAAGCUAGCCACUGUAUCACCAUCCGCGUCCACGAUGGUAGCUAAUUUACCACCGUCGGCAUCGGCAGCAAUCUCUGCUGCAGCGGUUGCCGUGGCAGCCACAGGUACUUUAGCUAGUAUGAAACAACUGUCGCACGGCCAGACAGGCAAUCACAGAAACGUCAACGGCAGUAAUAUGUUGCCUCAACAACCUCAACAGCAACAAUUUCAUCAUCAUACACCCUCAUUGUCCCAUUCAUUAAUUCAACCUCCUCCCCAACAACAAACCGGCCCAAUGCCACUCUCUACAAUGGGAGGACCUACUCAACAUCAUGCUCCUCCACAAGGACAGUUGUCUUCGUCCUUCCAUCAUUUGCCGUCAGGGGUUUCAUCGGCUGCAGCCUCCGCCAAUAGUGGUCCCGCACCAGGGGGUUCUAAUUAUCAUCAUCAUCACCACCACCACCAUCAGGCAGCAGCGAUGCUUACACUCGCGGUCAGUAAUCCGUCUAGUGCGCUGCCGCACCAGCACCAUCAGCAGAAUAUCAAUCUUAACGUGAAUCAUCACGUGAUCUCCGCACCAAUCGUGGUGGACUUUUCCAACAUGACCGUCAACUGUGUUCAGUUAGGACAGGAAAACCAACAGCAUCAUCCACCGCCACAGUCUACGCCGUUAAUAGGAGCAAAUAACGGUGCCGUUCCGGUAGGACCGGUCGGAUCGGUGAUGCCCCCUGGCGUUGGCAGGCUGAAGUAG